CAACUAUCAAAAUGAUGUCCGAAUAUUGGAUUAUCUCGGCGCCGGGCGACAAGACGUGCCAACAGACGUUCGACACGAUGAACAACCUCACCAGCAAGCAACAUAAUCUGUGCAGCAACUACAAGUUCCAUAUACCCGAUCUGAAGGUGGGUACCUUGGAUCAGCUGGUCGGCUUGUCCGACGAUCUGGGCAAACUGGACACGUACGUGGAGCAAAUCACGCGCAAAGUAGCCAUGUAUCUGGGCGAGGUGCUGGAGGAUCAGCGCGAUAAGCUGCACGAGAACCUGCUGGCCAACAACAGUCCUGGCCCGCCCGAUGAGAGCAUGCCGUGUCGACACCACCAGCGCCUGAAGCAUCUGAGCCUGCGCCAUCAGCGCAAACACCAGCACACGCACCACCAGAACAAUCCGCUGCACUACCAUCCCCACCAUCUCCAUCAGCUGCCCACGGAUCUCAAGGGUAAAUCCCAAGCAUCUGCCUGCCAAGCCUCCUCCUCCUCCGCCUCCGCCUGCGCCUCGACAUCAGCCAGAGCCUGUGCCGCCUGCCAGGUGGGCGGCAGCUUGAACAAUUUAUCGGACUCGUCCGAGCGUGACUUUGACUUUGUGAUACCGCCCGGUUGUGCCUGCGAUGAAUGCUUCGCCCUUAGCAGCAGCGCCACGGCGAGCACCCUGAUGGCCGAUGAAUGCUAUACCCAGACCGCUUCCUCCAUGCUGAAUGCCACGCGCUGUGCGAUAAAUACGGUGACGGCGAUUGCCACCGGCAGCAUGAGCAGCAGCACCAGCCCAGCAGAUGCCGUUGCCGCCGGCGGCGGCAAGGCCAGCUCUGUGUCGACGAUCUGCUCCUCGUCGGCUUAUUUCUCAACGUCGGCGCCAACUGGCAGCAGCUCGGUGCAAAGCAUGUCGCGCUCUAACAGCAAAAAGCUGAAUAACAAUACUUGCAACAUAAACAAUAACAAGCUGAGCUUUCGCAGCAGCAGCAGCCAAAUCAGUCAACAACAACAACAGCAUCAGCAGCAACAACAACAUCAACAACAACAACAGUCCCCCAAGCAACACUUGCAACAGUUGCAAUUGGGCGCUUGCUCCUCGGUCUCCCCGCUGCAAUCGCCCACAGCCAAGUCCAGUUGCGACACGGACGAGGAUGUCGAACUGGACGAUCCAAAAAGUCCGAAUAGCGCCUCCUCGUUAUCAGAAACGUUUGACUGGUGGUUCAAUAAGCCAAAGCGUAACUCUAAGAAGUCCAGCAAUCAUGACUCACAUUCCACCCAUCAAAUGCACCACACAAUCUACACUCUACUACACAGCACACAAACACAGACACACUCACAAUCACAAUCACACUCACAAACACAAUUCAGACCAAUUCCAUUUUGGCAUCAGACAUCGCCCACACCGCGCUCUAGUUAUCGCUCUUUCUUCAAUUCUCUUGCCGAUCAAAUUUAUAGCAAACGUUCUACACCGUCUCAAUUAAAUAUAAACAAUGGAUUUAAUUUAACACCAACUCAUAGAUCGUCUCCAGUGAGUAGUUGUUGUGGCAGUAGUAGCCAGGGUCGUUCCAGUCCAGACACGGAUCAUGCCGAGCCGCCCGAAUUUCCGCUGUGUCCAGCCGAACUGCCGCAGUAUUUAACGCGUUUCCAAUGGGACAUGGCCAAGUAUCCGAUCAAGCAAUCGUUGCGCAACAUUGCCGACAUCAUUUCCAAGCAAAUUGGCCAAAUUGAUGGCGAUCUGAAGACCAAGUCGCAGGCCUACAACAAUCUGAAGGGCAAUCUACAAAACCUGGAGAAGAAGAAAACUGGCAGCUUGCUGACCCGCAACCUGGCGGAUUUGGUCAAGAAGGAGCACUUCAUAUUGGACUCGGAGUACCUGACCACGCUGCUGGUGAUUGUGCCAAAGACCAUGGCCAACGAUUGGUUAGCCAAUUACGAGAAAAUCACGGACAUGAUUGUGCCACGUUCGUCGCAGCUGAUCAAGGAGGAUCCCGACUAUUGCCUGUUCAAUGUGACGCUCUUCAAGAAGGUCACCGAAGAGUUCAAGCUGCAUGCACGUGAGCGCAAGUUCAUUGUGCGCGACUUUGUUUACAACGAGGAGGAGCUGGCCGCGGGCAAGAACGAGAUGACCAAGCUGAUGACCGACAAGAAGAAGCAGUUUGGCCCCUUGGUGCGCUGGCUGAAGGUGAACUUCAGCGAGGCCUUCUGCGCCUUGAUACAUGUCAAAGCGCUGCGCGUUUUUGUGGAAUCCGUGCUGAGAUACGGCCUGCCGGUCAACUUCCAGGCCAUAUUGAUUGAGCCCAACAAGAAGAGCGUGAAACGUCUGCGUGACGUCCUGAACCAGCUUUAUGGCCACUUGGACGGUGCAUCCGCUGGCGGACAUGUCAGCAGUGCUGAUAAUGUCGACAUACCCGGCUUGGGCUUUGGCCAGUCCGAAUACUAUCCCUAUGUGUUCUACAAGGUGAACAUCGAUAUGGUUGAGCAAACCAAGCUUUAAGAGGCCGUUCUCAUGCCUCUGCAUCGCACACACACACACACAUCCACGCAAAUAUAAAUACAAAUAUGCCAACAGCAAAAAUUAAUAAUUGAAUAUGCAAAUUAUAUAUUCAGCGGCAGAUCCUGAAAAGGGCGCUGACUAAACUUAAAUCUAUCCUGCUCAUUGAAUCCAAAUCAACUACAACAGCAACAGUUGCCACGCCUAUUAAAACACGCAAACAAUUAAUAGUUUACUAUAAAUAUUUUUAGUCAUUGUUAUAUAAUUAUUGUUGUUAUUUAUGUUACGCGUUCAUACAAUUCCGUUUCAAGUUCAACUUAAAAAACAAAAGAAGAGUUUAAAAAAAAAAUGCGCGUAAGAGAAACUAAGAAAAUUUGAGAACAAUUUCAAGUCGCAAAACUAAUGCAAAGUACAUUAAAAAAGAAAUUGCAUAAAAGUGUAUGUUUUUAUUUUACGUUCAUUGUUCUGCUUCAGUUAUAAACAGUAUUUUUUGUUCUUUUGUUUUCUGGCUUUGUUUUAAACGAACUAAUAAUUGUGCUUUGUUCUUGCAAUAAAUACACACACACAUUUAGUUAA